AUGAAUUCAAAGACUAGGAAAGCAAUAAAUUCUUCGAUCGACACUUUCAAUCAUUACUGUCACUUAAGAAUAUCUCCCAGUUCUUGCACAGCUUACACGGCCAUUAACAAAAAGAUUAAUCCAAUGAAACCGACGCAUGGUGUAGGAUGGAAUGAUUCUUUAUUUGUGCAAUGUAAUUUCGUCUACGUGGCUUAUAUGGCCGGAGUAAAUGUGGCUUACGGAGAAACUCAUCCGGAUUUGAAUUAUUUUGAAAACAUUGAACUUCUAGUUUCCAAGUCCACGUUGCAUAUAUUGUAUGUCAACCAAUUUUAUACCAAGAAAAAUACAAGAAUGGACGUAUUACUCAACAGGACAUGCCCGCGGGAACCUUCUGUGGAGAAUCCUUUUGGAUACAAGGCAUUUCACGAUGAAUAUGGAAAUUUUCACCUGCCGUUGUAUGCUACAGGUUGGAUAGUGGCAUCAGCGUUUACAUUUUUAGCAUGUGUGCUAACAUUUAUGCUAAUCUUUCAACAUUUGAAAAACUAUACUAAGCCAAAAGAACAGAGGUUAAUAGUCCGGCUGCUAUUAAUGGUCCCGGUGUACACGGUAUUCGACCUACUCGCCUAUCUCUUUAUCUAUCAGUCCGUCUACUUCACCACCAUACGCGAUGCCUACCAAGCCGCUGCCAUCAUUUCAUUCUUUUAUCUGCUCCUGGAAUAUUUGGGCCCCAAUGAGCUCGACCGAAAAACAAAAAUUUCCAGCGUUCAAUCCACUCGAAUGCCAUUUCCUCUAUGUUGUUGGCAUUUCAAUCCUAGCAAACACCCAUUGUUCUUGCCGGCAUUAAAAAUCUCGGCGGUUGGUAUAUAUUGCAAAGCAAGUUGGUCAAUUUACUUCCCGCAGAUUCAUUUGGUAAUUGUGCAGACAAUUUCUUCAGUAAUUGCGAAUAUGAGUAUGAAUAUUCUUUUCGUAACUGUUAGAGACGAUUUAGCGCACCAACAAUUAACAUUAAAAGAUGUCUGCAUUAACUGGGCCCUUUUCUUUGUUACAUAUCAAGGCCACGCCCUAAGUAUUUUGGUGUCGUUAAGUAAGACAAUUAUGAUUAUUGUUCGUAAAUUGGUUGAGACUGCUGACGACGUGUCAACUGGAAUCCAAUCUAUACUCGUGUCCGUGGAAUUCUUUUUAAUCUCCAUACUCCAACUGAAGGCGUUCUCUGCUCAAGAAUAUCGUGACCAACCUUCAUCUACCAAACCCUCCUCAUUAAUAUUAUACCUACUAGACGCCAUAAAUCCGUAUGACGUGAUCAAAGACUUCAUAUACGUGGUGAGAUUCAUAUUUGAACACGUGUUGCUGGGUGGUCCCGAGCCCAAGGUGGCUCCCGCCAGACCUUUAUUAAAUCUGGGAAGUUUUGUGUAUCUGGACCGACCUGGUGCCAAUGAUGAUGAAGUAGACGAUGAAUAUAUUGGGGAAAGAAUGCCCGUAAUAGACUUGGGGGAGAUUAGUAAUGAUGAGCAAAAAGGUAAUAAUGAGAAAGACAAUACAAAUGAGAAGGGUGAUAAGAGCAGGACGGAAUGA